AUGGCUGAUGUAAGAACCGAGAAGAGGACCGAGACUGUCAUGUACUCCCAACUUCAGCCGUGGAGCACAGUCGGCAUUUUGCCGUGUAUGGAGCAGGUCGCUGGCCCUCCGAUUCCAACCAGAGUCGGGGAAUUCUACAAGACACCAAGACCGCAUCCCUGGCGAUCUACUUUGGGAUACGAGGUCGUAGAGGCAGCUCCCUUGCCUGCGCAGCCCAUAACGAAUCUGCUGGUGGACGCUUGUCGCACAUCGCACGGAUUGGCGACGGAGCCGCUGAAAUUCCCGAAUUUGGUAACCGGUUUCGACCGCAAUCCCUCGCACGCUGCACGUGCCGCGCUUUACACGCGGUAUACCCCGUGUGACUGGGUACAGAAUCAAAUCAAACUCUACAAUGAAGCGUAUGCGAGUAGGAACUAUUCCGAAAAGUUGCGCAAGAACACUGUAUGCGCCUUACGAGAACUCGACGAAAAGGUGCAGGAGGGCCAAGUAGAGAGCGGCCGAAAGCUCGGAGAAAGAAUCACGGACGUCACUUUCUGGCGGAACGAAGUGGCGUCGGAACUGGAGAGAUUGAUCGUAGAAAACGGUAAAAUGCAGGAGUGUCGUCGCGGUCUGCAAACCGCGAUUCAAAAUCUCGAGGGGCAAUUGCAUAUCGCGCAAGAAUGUCUUUAUCAUCGGGAGUCGAGAAAAGGUAUCGAUUUGGUUCACGAUGAGGUCGAGAAAGCUUUGUUGAAGGAAGUCGAAGCGGUGAGAAAUUGCGAGAAGAAACUGAAACAGUUCAUAGACAGAUGUGCCAAACAGAUGUCAAACGGCAGAGCCGCGCAACAUCAGCUGCAGACUGAUGUGCAGAACAAAGAAAUUGCGCUAGGAAUCGACAGCGUGUGUCACCAGAUGAACAACUUUAGUCGAGGUCUUCAGUAUUACGGUGGAAUAGAAAGAUAUGAUCCCAGUGUUAUCGGGAUUGAAUCUUGGGCAGAAGCGGCAAACAACAUAGUGAAGAAAUCGCAGACAGAACGAGCCAAGUCGCGAAAAUUGCGAAACGAUAUUGACAGUGCUAUAAACACGGUAGGCUAUGAGACAUGCGAAGCUUGGGCUGAAACCAAUAAAGCGCUGGACAGACGAAUCGCCGAAAUGUUGGAAGCGAGGGAAAAAUUACAAGCGCAUUUACAUAAGAUUCAAGAAGAGAUUUUUGACGUCGAGAAGAGCAUGGUAUUACUACAAAAGAUCAUCGCCGAUAAAAGUCCGGCAUUAAAAGUUGCACACACGCGACUGGAGGCCAGAACACAUCGUCUGGAAACUGAACUGUGCAAAGAUCAUGCUCAACUCAGGUUUGUCAAAAUUAUUUACGUAUCACUAUUAGAUAACAAUAUUUGCGCAUUUUAUAGGCUGAUGAAAGAAGUGGAGGAUAUUAAUAAAAUAGUGUAUGACAUGAACAUGAAACUGCAACAAUUUGAGGCACAGCAUCAGCAACUCUUGCGUACAAGAUCUAAUUUGGAAACUAACUUGCAGUUUAAGAUAGAUGCGCUAUUCAUUGACAGAGAAAAGUGUAUGGGACUCAGGAGGAGCUGCCCGAUUUCGUUAAUUGUGAAAUACUGAAUGUAUAUAAAAUCUUUACACAUUUUGUAAUGCAGGAUAUAUAUGUGCAUGUAAGUAUGAAUAGAAAUACUAAAAAGUUUGAAUUGCAAGAGAUAUUGAGCGAGAUGUUAAAUUGAAUGGAGAAAAUUAGUUAAAUAUAUAUAUAUAUAUACAUAUAUAUAUAUAUGCACACAAGAUUAUUUUUAUUAACAAGAUAGCUACAAAUAUCUUUCUGUGGUAUGUACUAUUUUUGUAUUUAUUCAUAAAAAUAUGACACAACCAACUUAGAUCUUAGCUUAACUUUGCAUCUGUACAGUUCUAGAUCGUGAAACAAGACUUUAAGUAUUUCAUUGUGAAUGUAAACCGCGGGUACUUUCAACAUUCACAAGUAAUAUACCAAAUCAUAUUUUUUCUAUCUUUAUCUCCGAUUAAAGAAGCUAUAUACAAGCUGUACUUAAAUAUGUAUUAUAAUACACACGCUAUAUUUAAAUAGUCAUGUGUACUUAACACAUGCUCAACAAUGUUUGCGUGAAAUAUUGCCGGAUGCCCAGACGUGUCAACGAGAGUUUAUAAAA